UAUUAAUGAAUUUUGGGUACGAAUUCUAAAAUAGAUAGAUAAUUCUAGACAUUUGGUCAAUCUUAAGAUUUGAUAAGAAUUCUAAAACACAGUUAACCAAGUUUGGAAGAAUUAUUAAAGAGAGAUGAAUUUUUGAAUGAUUUAAAAGCUGGUGCAAUGCAUGCAUUUAUAGACUAGUAAUUUUGAUUGCUAAUAUCAAAUCAGUAUAUUAAAAAACAAGGACUUGAUAGAGGAGAUGAUAAUUCUUCUAACAUCUACUCAUAAUCAAAGUAACUACCCUUUUAUAAUGAGUGAAAUAUUUGAACAUUCUACUUUAAUAGAACAUUUAUUUGCAGGACGAUAACCAAAAUUAGCAAGAAUAGAGAAAAAGGUAAGAAAUGUAUAUUAAAUAGACAACUCUUGAAUAAUAUUUAUCAGCAAAUUAAGAUACAUUAGAAAAUUAAGAUGAUGAUGAAGAAAGUUAAAGUUCAAGUAAAAAUAUAUAUAUAUUAUAGUUAAAUUUCUACCUGAUUCAACUGAUAUACUUGGUGAUUAAGAUGCUUUUUAUUUAAUAUAAAAAUUAUUCUCCUUUCUUAAAUGUUCUAAUGUUAAUGAAACAUAAGUUGGAUAUUUUGGAAAAGCAUUAAAUAUUAUUUCUAAACAUUAUUGUAUUGAAGUAAUAAUUAUAUGUUUAUAAUUAAGUUUUGGAAUUUCUCUAAGAUUUGUGGAUCUAUUAUUAGUGACAUUAUAAGUCAUUUAAAAUUUAAAUAGAUUUAAGAAUUCUUUGCAAAAGUUAUAAUUAUGGAUCAUCCAUCAAAAAAGAAUUUUAAUCAUAAUUUUAAAUAAAGAAAAGAAUUAAUUUAAGGACUUUUUGAAUGUUUAUUAGAAUGGGAAGAUAGUUUAGUUGUAAUUCAUAUUAAUUUAUAUUCUAUCAGUUUCUAGAAAGUGUCUCAGAAUUUUUGAAUUGUAUGUUUCAAUUUGGUAGUCACUUAUAUGAACAUAUUAAUGAAAUGUUAGAUCUUAUUAUAAGACCUGCAUUUUAUUUAGAAAUAGCUGUAAUUUAAUUAUAUUUUAUAAAUAGUAUAAAUCAAAAGAACCUGCUGUUUAUAAGCUAUAUUAUAAUUCAAUCUGUUUCUUAGGAAUCCUUAAUACUUCUUUAUUAGGAUAAUAAAAUUUAUAAUAAUAUCAAUAAUAAGAGAAUGUCUUAUCAUAAAUUAUAAAAUUAAAUACUCAAAUACCUAUGUUUUAAUAAGCAAUAUAAUCAAAUCUCAUAAAUCUAGAAGUUUUUGAAAAACAAGAAUAUGAAAAAUACUAAUAUUUAUUUGGUAAUAACAACCUUAUUCUGAUUAAAUCUAUAGAUGUUAUCAUUAGAUUCCAAAAUCAAGAAUUGAUAGAUCUUCUAUAUGAUCAUUAAACAUUUAACUUUCUGUUGGUAUCUACCUAUCUUAUCCAUGUUAUUAGCAUUUAUCAACCAAAUUUCAUUUGAACAAUCAAUUACAUUUUGUAGUGUUUUCCAUUUACAAUUAUCUCAUUUAAUAAGAUGUUUAAAGAAUCCUUACUUAAACUUAAAUAUUGAAAUAUCUUAAUGAAACCAUAAUUCAAUCAAAAAAGUAUUUAUAUAUAUUUUAUUAGAGUAAUUCAAGAAUAGGUUAUUCAGGGAUUUUUAAAAAGAUUGGAUAUCUACUUCUCCCAUUCUUAGAUAAUGAUUAAUAAAAUCAAUAACUAAAAAUUUAAUUACUUGAAUUCAAAUAAUAAGAAGAUUCUUUCCUAUUAGAUAUUAAUCCUAAAAAUUGUAAUGAAAUUCCACCUGUUUCAUUAAGCAUAGAUAGAUAAAUUGAAAUGAUGCUUGAUGAAAAAAAUAAUAGCAAUAAUAAUUCAAAUCAACAUUCCAAUUGA